GAGGUAAGCAAAUAAGACUUUUUGGUCAACUUAAUUCAUUUUAUUGCUUUCCAUAAAUAAACAAAAAGACCAAAUCGAAUCCAUUUUUUUUUUUUUAAGGAACUGCCCGUCGUAAUGAAGAUUCCUGGAUGAUUAACACGUGUCAGCCAACAAACAAACGUGCUGGAAAAAAACAUGGAAGCCAUAAUUCUAAUGCCGAGAAGACGGCUAGUCACUUUUGGAAGUAGAAAACUUUCUUCCACUUGACUAUUUGCAAGUUAAGCCUUCAAGGAACGACUGAGAAAUAUCUCAGAGCCACGGAACGUUAAAUCUUCUAUGAUGUGCUCAAGUUUGAUCCAUCGGAAAGUGAGCGAGCUGUCCUUUUAGCUCUUAUCGAUUUAAUACUCUCGCAUUGGAUGGAAUCUUUUAUAUUUUAAUGAACUGCCCGUCGAGGUGAAGAAGGAGAUUCCUCCAAAAAUCGCAGACAACCAAAAGCUGUUAAACUUAAACGGUUAACUCGUAUAGAAGGACAUGUAGUUAUUCAAGCUGCUUGCAAUAAUGCAACAUCGGCUUUUGUAACCAAGACCGGACGACUCAUUGUGCUUGGCAAGGAUACAGCACAUUGUGAUGCUCAUGGUUAUGCAACUGAAUUCUCAGAUCAGCAUAUAAAGCUCAUUGCGUUGUUCUCAACUCCAAAGGGCAACUCUUUACCUUUGGUUUAAAUAACAAAGGUCAAUGUGGACGUUCAUUUAAUUCAAAACCCAAAGAAUCUAUUUACUCGAUGGAUACCAAUGGAGGAAGUCAAGUAGAUUCGAAUGAUAUAAAACCAAGUGAAAGAAGGCAUAAAUAUGAUAUUGCUAAUUUGUGCGAUUUUGAUGAUCAUCAUGUGGCACAAGGACAGUGUAGAGUUUGUGUCGUUUGUAAGGAAUGUACUGGAUACAAUAUCUCAUGUGUGUCAUCUCACAAUGUGCCGGUGAAGGAAAGGAUGCCAGGAGCGGUUUGUCCAUGCGGCCAUGGUGACGCAGGAUGCUCCAAAUGUGGAUUAUGCUUAUCGUGUAUUGCUAUGCAAGAAACUGAACAUAGCGGUAAGAAAAUAAAAAAAAUAAAACAAGGAAUAGAUUUAAAAUUAAAUAUUUUUUAGAUCCAAAACAAUUAAUUAUCGAAGAGGAUUAUUUUGCGUCGAAAGGAUAAGCAACCACGUGAAGAAAACAAUUUGGCUUCAGUCGCUGAAAAGGAUCCUAGAGUGGCUCCUUUAGUCCCACCAUCAAACAGCCCAGCUGUACAAAUUUCUUGUGGAUUACAUCACACUAUAAUCUUGAUUCUCACCGGUAAAGUUUUCACAGUUGGAAGUAAUCAGUAAUCGGUAUGGGCAACUUGGAACUGGAGAUUUACAAGCGGCAAGUGGUCCUGUUCAAGUCAAAGUUCAAGGCGCUAUUAGUCAAACUGCUGCUGGAAGUAAUCAUACUGUCCUACUGACCCACAAAGGGUUGGUAUACACUUUUGGAAACUAACAGGUAAAAUAAUAUCCUAAAUAUUUUUUCAAGUCAAGAUUUUACCCUAUUAAAGUGAAUUCUUAAGU